AUGGCCGAUGCUCUCCGCCCAGCAACAGCUCCAUACAGCGAGCCCCUUCUCCCACAACUAGAUAUCCGCAAUCCAUACUAUACAGAUCUACACCACAAUCUGCGUGCUACCGUACGUGAAUAUACCGACACAUACAUCUCCCCAUAUGCCGCAGAGUGGGAAGAAGCAGGCCUAGUCCCCGAAGCCGUACGCCGACGCCAUUGCAAGCUGGGCUACAGCAUCGUUCAUCCCCUCACAAGCGAGGAAGACUCGGCCAGUCUCUCUCUGCCUGGGGAUGUCCCGCGCGAGAAGUGGGAUACGUGGUGCUCGCUGAUUGUAUCGGACGAGCUCACGCGCGUGGGAUAUGUUGGUGUGAGUUGGGGGCUUGGUGGUGGUAAUGCGAUUGGAUGUCCGCCUGUUGCGCGUUUUGGGAAUGCUGAACAGAGGAAGAGGUGGCUUCCUAAUGUUGCGAAGGGAGAUAUUAGAUUUUGUUUGGGGAUUACCGAGCCGGAUGCGGGCUCUGAUGUUGCCAAUAUCAAGACUACGGCUCAUCGGGAUGAGAAUCAUUACAUUGUGAAUGGGGCGAAGAAAUGGAUUACCAAUGGUAUCUGGGCUGACUAUUGCACUACUGCUGUUAGGACUGGUGGUCCUGGCAGGUCUGGUAUCAGCUUACUUGUUAUCCCCUUGGCUACUGCUGGGGUAACUCGUAGGCGUAUGCAUAACUCGGGCGUGAAUGCCAGUGGUUCAACCUUCAUCGAGUUUGAAGAUGUGCGCGUCCCUGUCGAGAACCUCAUUGGUCAAGAGAAUAAGGGAUUCCAUCUUAUCAUGUCGAACUUCAACCCAGAGCGCCUUUCCCUUGCUUGUGCAUCUUUGCGGCUCGCCCGAGUCUGUGCCGAAGAUGCCUACAACUACGCCAUCCAACGCGAGACAUUUGGAUCACCACUGAUUGAAAAACAAGCAAUCCAGUCCAAGAUCUUCAAAUUUGGCCUCAUGAUCGAGCCAGCCUAUGCGUUCAUGGAACAGCUUGUGAAUAUCCUCGAACUUACCAAAGACCGUCCUUCAGACGAUGUCAACAUUGGCGGUAUGACUGCACUGCUUAAAGUCAUGUCGACCAGAGCUCUGGAGAAGAGUGUUCGAGAAGCACAGCAGAUUAUGGGAGGUGCGGGCUACAACAAGGCUGGGAAAGGUGCUAGAAUUGAGCAGAUUAGUCGCGAUGCUCGGGUUCAUGUAGUCGGUGGCGGAAGUGAGGAAAUCAUGGCGGGAUUGGCACUGAGAGAGGAGACAAAGGCGAUUCGCACUCGGCGAAAGGCGCUUGAGAAGAGACGGUCUAAAGUAUGA